GGGAGAAGUAUCCCGUGGAUCUCGCCAAGUCCCCAUUCCCCUCCCCUCCCCUCUCCUCCAGUGAGUCCUCUCUGCUCUCGCCUAGUCGCCUCCCCGUCUCCCUCCCCACCCCUCUCACCCAACCCUAGCGAGCAGAUCGCCGAUGGAUCAGGGCUGGGCGAGCUGGUUCGGCGCCGGCGUCACCUCCGCCUUCUUCGCCUCGCUCGAGCGCUGCUCCUGCAUCAACCUCUCCACCGACGACGACGACGACGAGGAAGAGGCCAACGACCGCCCCCUCAUGCUCGCCGCCCCCUCCGACCAGCCCCAGCUCGACGCCGCCCCCGCCCCCGCCGUCGCCGCCGGCAAGGAGGAGGAGCAGGAGCAGGGGCCUCCCCUCCCGCCCGUGUGACCCGCUCCCUCCUCCCAUCCAUCGCUUGCGUACGGCUUACUCCUCCCCCCGUCCGCGUCCUCUGCUCUAGAUCUGAUGAUGAACUGCUGCUCGUCGCUCGUGGCCGACUAAUAAAUCUCGCCGAUUUUGUUGCUGGCCUGCCAUGUUUAAAUUAAUUGAAUUAGUAGUAUGCCUAUCUGUGUGUGUGUGUGUGUGUGUAUGCCAUGCCAUGGAUUCCUGUUGUUGUGUUCAUGUGAAUAUCAUCAUGCCGUCGUGUGGUAAUUUCUUCCGUAGCGGAUCGAUGUGUCAGAUGGAUCAUGGAUCAAUCUCUAUAUAUCUGUUGUUGAA